AUGACAUGCAUUGUCACCGGACGGUUUGUGGCCUGCGGGCGUGAGCUUCAGACCUCCGACAUCAGUGCCCUUGACGACUACAUUCACCGCUGCAAGCUUGGCCCAUAUCGUCCUGGCCGCGCAGUGGUGUUGAUGCAGCAAGCUGCUUCAUCGCCAACGGCGGAACAACGUGACAGCGCCACACAG